AUGGAGGUAUGGAGUUGUGGAGACAAGUCGAUCAGGGAAAGAUGGGAAGAUUCCAUUUUAGGAAAUGUCCAUGGAUUAUAUAAUGAGUUAUCUAAUAAAUUAUCUAAUAAAUUAUCUUCCAAUUCGAUUGAAAAGAGAAAGAUAACACUUUCAGGGCUUGGAACCAACCCGUAA